GCCAAAUGAACCAGCAAGAGAUAAAAAACGAAGGCGAGGUGAACUGCAAUGACAUGAGAUAUGAAAAGAUUCCCCUUUCUGCACAGAGGGAAAGAACUGGAAAGUUGAGAUUGAAAGACUUUGCAGGAUAUCUCCAUCUUCCCAUUGAGGUAGCAGCUAAGAAACUGAACAUAUGUCCUACUGUCAUGAAAAAAGUUUGUCGAAGGGAUGGCUUGUUAAGAUGGCCCUAUCGAAAGAUUAAAAGCAUUAGGAGGAAGAUAUCGAAGAGAGAAAAGAGUUUAAGCUCUAAUGAUGUUGAAGAAAGGGCGAGCGCAAAGGCAGACAUAGCAAAGUUGGAAGAAGAACUUGCCAAAAUUUUUGAAGCAUUUGUUGGCUGAUUUCACUAAUUUUGUUUCAGUUAAAUCGCAUAGGUCAUCUCUUAUGAGUUACUGUAUUAGUGAUGUUCUACCAAUUUUGCUUAGAAGAUUAGCUAUUCAUUAAAUCUAUACUGUAUUUAUACUUGA